CGACAGGAGGCGGUCGAGGGCCGUCCUGUCUCUUUAAGUUCGAAAUCCCGCGCAGGCGCCAGUUCUCGCGAUCUCCGAGGUCGCCUACAUAUUACCCACAAUUCCCCGGUCUUCCUCUCUCUCUCAGGAACUCAAGAUGCCGAAGGGGAAGAAGGCGAAGGGGAAGAAGGUGGCCCCGGCGCCCGCCGUCGUGAAGAAGCAGGAGGCCAAGAAGGUGGUGAACCCGCUGUUCGAGAAGCGGCCCAAGAACUUCGGCAUCGGUCAGGACAUCCAGCCCAAGCGGGACCUGACGCGCUUCGUCAAGUGGCCGCGCUACAUCCGGCUGCAGCGGCAGCGCGCGAUCCUCUACAAGCGGCUGAAGGUGCCGCCCGCCAUCAACCAGUUCACGCAGGCGCUGGACCGCCAGACGGCCACGCAGCUGCUGAAGCUGGCGCACAAGUACCGGCCCGAGACGAAGCAGGAGAAGAAGCAGCGGCUGCUGGCGCGCGCGGAGAAGAAAGCGGCCGGCAAAGGGGACGCCCCGACCAAGCGGCCCCCCGUGCUGCGAGCCGGGGUGAACACGGUCACCACGCUGGUGGAGAACAAGAAGGCCCAGCUGGUCGUCAUCGCGCACGACGUGGACCCCAUUGAGCUGGUGGUGUUCCUGCCCGCGCUGUGUCGCAAGAUGGGGGUUCCCUACUGCAUCAUCAAGGGCAAGGCCAGGCUGGGGCGUCUGGUCCACAGGAAGACCUGCACCACGGUGGCUUUCACGCAGGUCAACUCGGAAGACAAAGGUGCUCUGGCGAAGCUGGUGGAAGCCAUCAGGACCAAUUACAACGACCGAUACGACGAGAUCCGCCGCCACUGGGGAGGCAACGUCCUGGGUCCGAAGUCGGUGGCUCGCAUCGCCAAGCUGGAAAAGGCAAAGGCCAAGGAACUGGCCACCAAACUGGGCUGAGCGGUCGUGGCUUGAUUUUCUGUACAUACAAGUAAUAAAAAGUUGUCUUUCAGCCACUGUGA